ACCCUGGCAGCCUGGCGAGGAGGCGGUGAUUGUGUCGGAGCCGGCGCCUGAUAGAGGUGCGCAGCGCAGGGAGAUCCCUGGCAAGGAGGCGGAGGCGACCGGCGCAGGCCGGGCCCGGGUGGCAGAGUCGGGCCGGAGAGGCACCCUCGGAUCCUGUGGAGGCGAACGGCGCCGGCCACUACCCGGCCAGCUUUCCCGCGACCCGCGCUCGACGGUGUCUGUGCCGGGAGAAGACUGGGGUGGGAGGCCGCUGCGGGAGAAAUGGCGGAGCGGGAGCUGCGGUGGGGGGCGCCCGGGGAGCCCGCCGGGGCGGGGGCGGGGUGGCGUCCGAGCUCUGUGCCGAGCUGGCGGGAGCGGGGGACGGGGGCUACUGCGGGCCCUGAUGCUGCAAAGGGGCCUGUUGGGCCCCGGGUCCUGCGUGCUUUCCCUUCUCGCAGGCGCCUCGUUGAUGCCCAAGUCUCCUGUCUGCGCGGUAGGUCUGGCAGUUUCAGCUGAAGGGGAACUGAGGGGGUCUGUUGCAGAGAUAAAAUGUUGAUCCACGUAACACCUUUGUUAUUGCCUUCUUGCACCUUAUUUAAGUUAUUUACAUUUUGCACCCAGUGAAGUCAAGCAGAUGACUGUUAGGUUUCAUCAACUUUCACAGGAAGGGUCCAUGUAAAUACUAUUGUAUAAACUUACUUUUCUUGUUGAGUAUUUGUUUUCUCUGCAUCCCAGCCCACUUUAAUGUGUUGAGGUGUGGGAAUGGCGAUUCAGAAUAUAGAGGAAUGUUUUCUGAAGGGUCAGUUGAGAUUGCAUGAAGUCAGUUUUCAAUUUCUGGUUCUGGAAACCUGAUCUCCAUCUCCAUCCACUCCUCACAGCCUCUCUCAUUUUGUUUGGUACCUAAGCAGGCCCACGGAAGAUUUUGUGAAGUUCCUGAGGGGAGGAUACCCGAGGAACAAUGGGAGUUGAGAGACAUUUAUUUGCUUAUUUUCUUAUUCUUGAAAAGGGGGUGUUAGGACCUGAAUUCUAGGUAUUUGUUCGUUAACCUGAUAUUUUUCUACCAUUGUCAACAUAUUUUCUUGGUGCUUUGCUGGAUGCCCCUUUCUCUUGCUGUAGGCCUGGAAUCUUCUCCAGCUAGAGAACUGUACUUUGGUGGGAAGGAUACUGUCUCCUGAGGACCAUUGCUGUGUGGGCUGGCUUCUGUAGGUGGUGAAUGAGGUCUGCCUGAGUUGGCUGUAGGGCUUACCAACACUGGAAGCCAGCAAGGAAGGAGGAUAAAAUUGCACCAGAUCAGUACAGUCCAUCUCUACUCUCUCAUGUCCUGUGUGGCUGUCUUCACAGAGAAGCAUAUUUGGAAGAGACCAAAGCCCAUUUCUCUUUUCUACCUCAGAUCCAUCUCCAGCAAUGGCUAUGGUGGCCUUGGAGUGGCAGAAGAGCAUCACUUUCAACAGGUCUGCACUCAGGAACCAUCAUCUUCCCUCAGCCUGAGUGCCUAUGCCCUUUAUAUCAUUGACAUAGCUCAUGCGUUUGGAAAAGGGACUGUGUGACUUGCUGAACUAACACUUGGCUCUAAGUCUUGUUACAAAGUUUAUCUUUGGCCCAGUAAAAGAGCCUUAAGACACGUCGAAAAUCUAGGCCAAGACUGUAUAGGGCUAUCUAUAUAACUGGGCUUUUCAGCCAUGGCAAGGGGUAAGAAUGAGGGUAGAAAGAAGGCCAAAACUGAAAAAAGAGCUGGUGUAGAUGCUAAUGAAAGGAGGGAGGCUACCUGUAUAGUCACACCCAGAGCCAAGACUCAGGCAAAACCAAUACCCAAGGCAGGGUCUCAGGCACAUGGACUAGCAGAGAUGAAGGCAGUAUCUAAGAACAGGAUUAUCACUGAGAUGAAGGAAGGAGGCCUGGCAGAUUUCAGUCCCAAAGCUGAAAAUGAGGCCACUAGAGUGUCUCAGUUGUGUUCUGUUGCUGAGGCUAGUGCUGAAUCCAGGUCAACAUGUAAAGAUAAGGCUGGUAUUGAUGCCUGGUUUUGGGUGGGGCAAGAAGCCAAUGUUGGUUCCUGGUUCUGGAGUGGAGAAGAGGCUGGUAAUCGUUCCAGAGCUAAGGAUGAAAAUAAAGCUGAUACUGGUCCCCUGUCCUGUGCUGAGAAGUUGGAGCCUGUGGCUAGGGCCAGCUGCAAGGGUAGGCCAGGGGCUGAAGAGGAGGAGGAAGAGAACGUUAUUGGGAACUGGUUUUGGGAUGGAGAUGAAACUAGUUUUGACCUUAAUCCGAGACCUGUGAGCAGGAUAGUUAGGCCCCAGCCUGUGGAUGAAAUUAAUGAAAAAAAUAGGCCUAAGGACUGGUCUGAGGUAACCAUCUGGCCCAAAGCCCCUGCUGUAACUCCAGCAGUGUUAGGAUUUAGAUCCCAAGUCCCAUUUGAGACAAAGCCUCCUUCAUAUAUUGUCCUGGCCUCAGCUGAGGAAAAUACCCAUUCUUUGCCUGAGGCAACAGUGUGCCCUUCUCAGAGCACUGCCUUAUGCUCACAACCUGUCCCUGAGUACCCAUUUGGUUCUGACCCUUGCAUCCAGACCAUAGAGGAGAUUAGACGCCAAAUCCGGGUCAGGGAGGGGAAUGGAAUUAAACCAUUUGCUUGCCCUUGCAAAAUGGAAUGCUACAUGGGUUCUGAGGAAUUUGAAAAACUUGUUACUUUACUUAGGUCAACUACUGAUCCCCUCAUUCAUAAAAUAGCUCAAAUAGCAAUGGGCAUCAUUAAUGUUCAUCCAUUUGCCCAACAGUUCAUUAAUGAGGUGGGUGUAGUGACGCUUAUUGAAAGCUUGCUCAGUUUUCCUUCCUCUGAAAUAAGAAAAAAAGCCAUAAUUACUCUGAAUCCUCCUGGAGACGAGAGACAAUGUAAGAUUGAAUUACAUAUUAAGCAUAUGUGUAAGGAAACCAUGUCCUUUCCCUUGAACUCACCCGGACAGCAAUCUGGAUUAAGGAUACUAGGACAAUUGACUACCAACUCUGACCAUCACCACAUUGUUGCCAAUUAUUUUUCAGAGCUUUUCUACCUACUAUCCCAGGCAAAUCAUAAAACCAGAAAUCUUGUUUUGAAAGUACUUUUGAAUAUGUCUGAAAAUCCAGUUGCAGCCAGAGACAUGAUCAAUACAAAGGCAUUAGCAACAUUAAAACUCAUAUUUAACCAGAAAGGGGCAAAAGCCAAUCUCGUUAGUGCCAUGGCCAUAUUUAUUAACAUAAAGGAGCAUAUCAGAAAGGGCUCAAUUGUAGUCGUUGAUCACUUGAGUUAUAAUACACUCAUGGCCAUUUUCCAUGAAGUUAAAGUGAUUAUUGAAACAAUGUAAAAUGAGCCAGAAACAACACUUUGAACAAUCUCCAAACUCCAAUAGGCUGUCUGUUCCCAAAAAGCCUAGCAUAAUGUUUUGGUUAUUUCAGUGCACAUUAAAAUUACAUCUUAAACAUGAUAUUACCCAUGAAAGUCUCUAGGUUGGAGCUAUACCAUUUUGGGGGUAUCAAAUUAACAUUACAUUGUGACCAGAAAACAUCUGUUUAUUUUUAUCUUGUGUAGAUGGGGAACUUUUUAACAUUUUACGUAAGCAGAUAGUGAACCAGUUCACCAUUAGCUAAUUUGUUCAUUAGUAUCUGCUUAGAUUCAUUUGUAGCUGCAAAUGGCAAAAAAAAUCCUUGAAUUUAUAAUCUAGUUAAAGAUAUGCUUAUACACACACAAAGAUAAUAAUACACACAUGCAUUCAUACACUUACUGCCAAAUAUGCAUUCUUAAUAAGUAGGAAAACGGGUGUUGCUGUAGGCUAUUUAAUGUAAGAGAAGAAUUACUGUUUUUCUCUUUAUUCUACCUACAUUAGCUAACUCAUUUUACCACAAAUAGCCCUGAAUCUCAGAUUAAGAUGUGAUACUUGUUUUUCUGUUUUGCCACUACAUUUAUAACUCUUCUAUUGUUAGACCAUUUUAUUUAUGUGAAAGUCAUUUCACAGAAAAGAAAGGAAGUAGAGGAAUGCAGAUAGCCUUUGCUGAGUACCUGCUCACGUCACAUACUGUGUUGGCACUAUAUUGUAGAGCUUUUUUUCCCUCUUCUCACAGUGGUCCUAUGAGCUAGGUACUGGUAUUUUUUUUUAAUUAUAACUCAAUAUACUGCAUCACCUACAAUGAGAAUUAGGGAGGUUACUUUUUCCUAGAUACCACAGCAGGCAGAUAGCAUAGCUGUUUGUCUGGUAACAUGUUUAUCAUACCAAACCCACCCUCUACAGUACCUUAUACUCGUCUUUGACUUUUUAGGUGGUGGGUUUAAGGCUAAAAUUGGUUUAAUAAUUCAGUUUUGCUGUAGAUUCUGUCCCUGCAGUCUUACAAUUCUAGUUUCCUCCAAAUGCACAUGUCCAUUAGUCAUUUGGUUAAACCUGGUUGGAGGUCAGGAGAAAAGUCUGGGUGAGUGUAUGGAUUUGAAGUGGCAGUGACUGAGAAACAGCAGGUGCCCCAAACUGUUCAAUGAAUAAGAUGUAGAUUUAUUUAGAGUCAUCCCCAAAUGUAAUUUGCCAUAUGUCCUUUUUUUUUCCAUCAAAGAACUGGAAUGAUUCUGUGUGUUGUUUCAUACAUUACAUUGAAAAAGAUAAUUGCUUUCUUACUCUUCACAAAGUCAUACCUUAAUUUUUUUAACAUUUAUAAAUUAUCCUCUUUACAUAUGAAAAAUCAAAAAGCUCCAUCUUUUACUACUGGGUAAGCCUACUUUCUGCAUUUGUACCAGCUAAAACUACAGGAUAAAUCUAAUUGGAGAAAUUUAGAUCCAGAACUGCAGCUUUAUCAACACAGAACAAGAAAGCUAAGAGAGAAGCUGUUACCUCAAGCUACGUGGUAGUAAUACCUAGAAGUCUGUAUGCUCCAGAAAGCAUUCCCAGGGGUUGUGGGCUAUGACUAUCCUCUAACACUCACGGUUGGAAUUAAAACUCCUGGUCUGAGCUCAUGAGAAUUUCUCUGUGAAAAUACUGAGUUAUAUGCUUUAAGAUUUUUAAAGAGUUAAAAAACUAAAACAAGGUCAUAUGUAAAUAAUUGUUUAAUUGUUUGUAACUUGCUUUUAAUAUUAUUUGUAACUAUAUUGCAAACAUCUUUCCAUGUCAAUAAAUAUAUUUCUACAACAUA